UAAAAAAGGCACGUGAGAAAGCACGUGCUUACAUGUUUUGGUUUCUUCUUCUUCAUCAGUCCGAUCAGAGAGAGUCGCCGGUGAGAGAAAAAAAAAUGGCGUCUACGAUAUCUCUCACUUUCUUGAACGGAGGAGCAACGCCGUUGAAAUCGUAUCCGCUGCUUCAAAAAUCUAAGCUCACUCCGAAACGUCUUCGCUGUUCUAGGGUUUCUAAUUCUUCCUCGAGUCCCGGAAUUUCUCUAAAGAACCAAUCUACAGUUCCGAUUUCGUGUAGGAGUCGUCGGUUUGACUUUGUUCCUCGUUGCGGCAUUUCGUCAAACGAUUUUCCCACUGAGAAAAAGAAGAAGAGCUUUGGUGAGUGGGUUGAGUAUUUGGGAGAGGCGGUUUCGAUAGCGUUUCCGGUAUGGGUUUCUCUUGGAUGCUUGUUGGGGCUUUUGAGACCAACUACUUUCAAUUGGGUUACUCCCAAUUGGACCACUGUUGGUCUUACGAUCACUAUGCUUGGAAUGGGAAUGACUUUGACCCUCGACGACCUUCGUGGCGCUUUAUCCAUGCCCAAGGAGCUCUUCGCUGGCUUUGUCUUGCAGUACUCGGUGAUGCCACUAUCAGGAUAUUUUGUGAGUAAGCUCUUAAAUUUGCCACCACAUUACGCAGCCGGUCUCAUUUUGGUUGGUUGCUGUCCAGGCGGUACGGCUAGUAAUAUUGUCACGUACAUUGCACGUGGAAAUGUUGCGCUAUCAGUAUUGAUGACAGCAGCUAGCACUGUUUCAGCUGUGAUUAUGACACCGAUUCUUACGGCCAAGCUUGCCAAGCAGUAUAUCACAGUUGAUGCUCUUGGAUUACUAAUGUCAACACUACAGGUCAUUCUUCUCCCAGUGUUGGCUGGUGCAUUUCUGAACCAAUACUUUAAAAAGCUGGUGAAAUUUGUUUCUCCUGUGAUGCCUACAAUUGCAGUUGGAACCGUUGCAAUCCUGUGUGGGUAUGCUAUCGGUCAGAAUGCAUCUGCAAUACUCAUGUCUGGGAGACAAGUAGUUUUGGCUUCAUGCCUUCUUCACACCUCUGGAUUUUUCUUUGGGUACGUGUUUUCAAGAUUACUUGGAAUUGAUGUGGCAUCGUCCAGAACUAUAUCUAUCGAAGUCGGCAUGCAGAACUCUGUGCUUGGAGUUGUUCUGGCUACACAGCAUUUUGGGAAUCCGCUCACUGCAGUACCGUGCGCUGUUUCUAGUGUCUGUCACUCAAUCCUUGGUAGCGCGUUGGCUGGAAUUUGGAGACGUAGUUCCUCAAAACAGCUUGAAGACUGAAAGAAAAAGUAAAGGAAAGUUCAUGACAUCUCUCACUGUUACUCAAAUUCCGACAUCUUUGAGGACCAUUUAGUGAAGUUUGUUGGAAGGAUGAACAAAAGGGUUAUGUGUCUUGUAAAGCUUUGGAAGAACAUAUCUUCGAAUGUUUUUGUUUUAAGUCUGAGAAUUCUCUUGUUAUCUUUUCAUGCUUUCGAAACAUGAAAUCAUAUUUUGUUUGUUGUAGCCAACUUGUAGUAGAGCGCUGCUAGUGAGGAGGUUGGUUA